GUUUAUAUGGCCUCAGAUUCACAGUAAUGAGUUGCCGUCCCCCGCCUCAACACAAGACGCACACGCAACUCAGCAUUCACACAGUACCUCCCAGCACGGCGCUGUAGCACAGGCCAACACCACAAGCACCUAUUCCCUAGGUCAAGAUCAGCAUUCUCUAUAACAAGUGACGAUUCUCCAGAGAAGGGCCCUGAGGUGGGUAUGGCCCCGGUGGGCCCUGAGAGUUCAGAGGUAGAUAAAGACAUCCAGAACUACACAUCACUCAGAAGAGAGUCCAGAGCAUCAUCACUCCCAGGUUGGAAGAGUGUUGACCGCUUGGACAACUCGAGUGCAUCCUCAGUACUCCAGUCACCUGAUGGUAACUGGAUCGCCCUGCAGAGCUCCCAGCAUUCCCGGCCCAGUCUGCUGACCAAGCGCAAAAGCCUCGUCUUCAGCAUACUAGAGAAAGAAUCGGGCGUCGUGUCCGCAUACGACGAAAUGGGCUCCGAUUCGGACCCCGAGGACCAGGGAGGAUGGGGGGCGGCCCUCUUACAGUUUCGCCGGCGUCUUUCUGACGAAACCUAUUACACUGACUCUCAACAUGACCCUGAAUGGACAUACACGCAACACCCACCUGUGACGUCACCCUCCUCGGGUCAAUACACCAACACGGAGACCCUCAACUCGGACUCGGAAAUGUCAACCGGCCCGUCGACUCGAGCCCGUAGACCCGCCCACGUUACGCCCCAGAGGAAAAAAGUGCCACCUGAUCCACACCUGUGUCCUCCUUUCAGACAUCCCAUGAGCACUGCUGCCCCACCUCAUCUGAGACCAGAGGUCCUGGAUGUGAACUUUAACCCCCGUUUGGGCGGGGACAGUAGUGAUGGGGAGGACCGGAGCGAGCAGGUGAAAAGAUCAAGGAGGCGACGCAGAAGCAAGCGCGAGACAUCAGAGCCGAGCCGGGCACAUAAUGCACUGUACAGCGCCGCUACAGCGGAGAACAGCGCUCUUCUUCUCAACGCCAUGAUGAUGCGCCGACAGCAGAGCCAGGAGAGUCCAGGCCCUCUCGGUUAUCACACUCCAGACACUGUGACCCCUCCUGAGCUUUUGACGUCUGAUGCCAUGACCCCUGAACCUGACUAUCAGAACACAGUGGCUCAUAACUCCAGUGCUGCCAGCCCACCAAUGCUCAGCAAACAAGGGUUUGGCAUUCAGGACCCCGUCGUGAGGGCCUUUUCUGUCAACGAAACCCUGGAACAAGAAUUGAGAUCCAAACUCUGUGACCUGGUUGGCCAGGCCAGCGAGAUGGAUGUGAUGUCAUCUGAUUAUGACAGUGUCCGGGAAAGUGUUAGGGGAAAAGAAAGUGAAAUUAUUAAAAGGGAGAGGCGUGAGAAUAAACGAGACAAGAUGAUUGACAGAGAAAUAAAUGAAUGGCAGCAAGAAAGACAGAUAAAUAAAGAGAGAGAGAUGAAGAGAGAGCGACAUAAUCAAAUACAAAGUGUUCUUGGGGGGAAUAGAGAAAGACAAAGAGAAAUGGAGAUUCAGCUGAAAAGAGAUCAAGAGAGGCAAGCAAAGUUUGAAAGACAAAAGAAAAUCUUACACACGGACAGCGAACCUGACGUGGAAGUAAAAGAAAAAGAGAAACAGGAAGUGGCUCGUGUGACAGAGGAAGUGAGCGUAAUGGAGCGGACCAGGAGUUUGGAGGAAGACAAUGAAACAGAUAGGUCCGAUGAGGAGAAGGUGAAGAGAACAUCACCGCAGAGAAGCAAACAUGACACAGGGUUAGAAAGACAAGAACCACUUGAGACAAAUGCAACACGAUCGACAGCCACAUCUCCAGACAGUGCCCCCUGUGGUCUGGAGGAGCCAAUGGCUCCAUCAGAGGAGGGGCUCAGUGAUCGUGCCCUACAGCAGAAGCUUCUGUUAGUCUCAUCUUUCGUACAGCAGAAGUAUUCGGCCGCAUCCUUGUGCAGCAUCACCACAGAAGUUCUGAAGGUCCUCAAUGCCACAGAGGAUUUGCUUGGAGAGGCAGAAGGCAAAGUGCACGACCCUUCUCCAGCUGGCACACCAUUAUCAUCUCGCCCAGGAAAUAAGAAGUUGGACCAGCACCUCACUAAGAUGGAGGAAAAUGUGUAUCUGGCUGCAGGUGCAGUGUACAGUCUAGAGGGGGCGCUAAGUGAUUUAGAAGAAUGUGCUCGCAGCAUUAGCAGCUCCACCACUGAAACUGAACUGGCCUACCUGGAGGAUCAGGUAGCCACUGCUGCCGCCCAGGUGCAGCAGUCUGAGCUUCAGAUCUCUGAUAUCGAGGCAAGAAUAGCGUCCCUCAAAUCUGCAGGAUUGAAUGUGUCUACAUGCACACGAUUUUCCAAGUACAAGUCUAAACCUAAGGCCCAGACGUUGGAUUCUUCUCGGCAUCAGAGGAGAAAACUUCCUGCACCUCCUUUCAAAAGUCUAUCUACAGAAAAGGAGUAUAAACCCGACUCACAGGUGAGGUCUAUGAGGCCAUGACAAGACGAUACGUGAACUUCACAUUUGUCAAAUAUGGCUUCAUUAUAUGACUGCUAGGACCAUCAGGCUGUUCCACACCAGUGCCUUGAUCCAACUGUCGGUCCUCAAAUAUAAUCAGCAUUAAUGCGACAACCCCUGGAGCUCUACACCUCUGUGCUCCAGUAACCAGAGCAUCACAUCUGUUUCUCUCUGCCUUAAAGGAGACCACACGGCCUCCAGUGAACCACAACAGAGGGUUGUAAUUGUAAUUUUAGCAUUAUGAUAUAUAGGUGGACAAUAGUAAAUGUUAACAAUCUGGGACCUUCUUUCUCCUUUUUUAACUGUUUUCCGAGUGUUGUACAUGUCUGUAUGUUGGAAAUGUAAAUGAGGAAAAUGCUAGACCAUACAGUACUGUGCAGAUGUUUUAGGCCACCACAGUGUCGAUGUUAAAAAUGAUAUCAUAUUAACAUAUAUUUUUGUGUUACUUUAACUUAACAAAUUAAGUGAAACAUUUUUUUUAUUUAUGUCAACUUAUCAAAAGUCAAAAUUACUUCAAUUGGUAAUUUUUACUCACUUAAGUAAAGCUUAAUUUUUUUAAGUGUUACUUAAGUAUCUUUAAGUAUAUCCAACAUUUACUUUUUACAGUGUU